AUGUCUCCCUGCGGCGUGUGUAUCCUCAUGACGAUAUUAUGCAGUGCAUGGUCAGAAAGCACCAGCGAGGCGCGUCUUGGGCCCAUUUUUACCACAGAACCUCCGAGUGUUGUGCGAUACGCACGCGCGUCUGGAGCGCGGGUAGCGUGUAUUGCGGUCGCUGCUGGUCCUGCACCCACCAUCACAUGGCUUGCUGAUGAUGGGUCAACCCUUUCAGAUUUGCCAGGUGUUAGACGGAUAUACGCGAAUGGAACGCUCGAACUGGUCCCAUCUAGUGGGACCACGAGCGAUGUUCCGACCACAGUCCGAUGCCGUGCUUCUAAUGCUCAUGGAACGCUACUUUCUAGGGACGUACAUCUAAUGUCAGUGACAGAUGGCGCAUGGGAAGUGGCCGUAGAGACAGGGAGUACGAGCGUAGGUGGAGUGGCAGCACUACGAUGCCGUGUCUCCGGAGCGCCAGCGCGCGUUGCGCUCUGGUACCGCGCUGACACACUGUUGGCAGUCGAUUCGCCGUCACCCGAUUCCCGAUACCUGUCUGCGGGUGAUACUCUGUUGAUUCGUGAUGUGUCAGCGGCGGAUGCAGGCGCAUACAGCUGUGUCGCGCGACAUGAGCUUACUGCUCUCACCCGUCGCUCAAGACCCGCGCCACUUGAAGUCAUGCCAAGUUCUGCAGUUGCGGGCAGUGCACCCCGUGUGACAGCAGCGAGUGAAGUUUCUGUCGCGCCCGGUGCACCCUUUUGUCUUCCCUGCGCUGCCUCUCAGUACCCACCACCACAUUAUACAUGGUACCGCGAGAGCGAAGGGCGGCUGCAGCCAAUGGAAGGUGGUGAUGCGUGGAGAUGGGCGGAUGGUGCAGCGUUGUGCGUGAAACGUGCCAACCGCAACCACGCUGGAGUGUGGCUUUGCAAAGCGUAUAAUGUAUUUGGUGACGCCACAGCACAGACCCGCCUCGAUGUACACCACGAUCUUACUGUGGAUCUUCAGCCACAAGUACUGGUAGCAGAAGCGGGUGGGGCAGCACGGUUGCGCUGUACAUCUAGUGCAACCGGUGCAGCGCUGCAAUGGCUACAUGAUGGAGUCGCGUUAGCAUCGCGUGGGCCCGAUUUAGAGCUACGAGGUCUGACAAGAGGACAACGAGGAACUUACCAAUGUGUGGCUCGGGAUGGAUUGCGUAGCGCGCAAGCUGCGGCGGAAAUACGUCUUGGAGAGUCGCCACCAGAGCUCCAGUACACCUUCAUUGAGCAAGCAUUACGCGGUGGCGCUGCGGUCACGCUCCGCUGCGCUGCCGCUGCCUCGCCGCCACCAAGACUGCACUGGCAGCUUGAUGACCAACCAUUAGACCGCUAUCUUGCACGACAUAGGUACUCGGUUCGCGAAGAGACAUCUAUAUCUGGUGAAACAGUCUCAGUCUUAAAUAUAUCAUCAGCACAACCAACAGAUGGCGGGCGAUACUCUUGCCGCGCUUCCAACCCUCUUGGCUCUGUCUCUCACAGUGCCAGGCUGAAUAUAUACGGUCCACCAGCGGUACGUGCACUGGAGCCUGUCAGAGCUGUUGCUGGAGACAACCUCACGCUGCUUUGUCCCUACUCCGGAUAUCCGAUCAGCUCUGUACGGUGGAGCCGGCGAGGUGCACCUACGGCGCUAGAAGGUGCAGGUGGACGCGUCUGGGCAAGAGCUGCGGCCCUGAAGCUUUCACCUGCAAUGGCUCAAGACGCUGGACACUAUACCUGUACUGUCACAGCACCGCCUGCACCACCUGCUGCCCGGGAUAUCGAGAUACAAGUCAGAAAUCCUCCAAAGAUAUCACCGUUCAUGUUCUCUCCGGAACUGACGGAGGGUGCAACAGUGCAGGUACUAUGCGGCGUUUCGUCAGGAGAUAAACCUCUAUACUUCUCAUGGUUUAAAGAUGACCAGCCCCUGCCACCUAAUUUGCAGAUAGAGGAGAAAAGUUUGAACGAGUUUUCACUUUUAAUGUUCCCCGAACUACGAGCGGCGCAUAGUGGACGAUACACUUGCCGCGUUGCGAACCGAGCCGCUGCUGCAAAUUACACAGCUAUACUUACUGUUAAGGUUGCUCCAAGUUGGGAAACGGAACCUCUUGACUCCGCGGUUCUGCUGGGUGCACCUCUAAAACUUGAUUGCGCGGCGAGAGGCUUUCCCGCGCCUCUUGUGGCGUGGUAUAAGAAAAUUGAGGGUGCAAGUAGUGGGGAUGGUACAGAGCGUUGGGAAGCAACAGCUCCUGGUUGGGAGGGAGGCGAAAGGCAGUCUGAAGGGAGUCAGGCGAGCGAUGCCAUACGAGCCACGUUAUCCGCUAGAACAGCUUUGCGAUCCCACCAGGGUUUGUACCGUUGCAGUGCUGAAAACGGAGUUGGACCACCUCUACUCAAACAAGUUAAUAUCACUGUUCACGAGCCUGCCAACUUUGGGACUUCGAGUGACGUGUCACGCAACACGUCAGCUGUGCUUGGGCAAAGCGCUACGCUUAGCUGUCUAGCGCAUGGCGACCCUCCGCUGACUGUACAUUGGACGCACCACGGACAUAGACUGGACCUUGAUAAUUACAGAUGGCGGGUAACAGAGACGCGUACCGCAGAAGGUACUCGAUCGGCUCUACGCCUGCGUGCAGCUGAGCGCGCAGAUGCCGGAGAGUACCGCUGCGUCGCGCGUAACGCCCAUGGCCGUGCUGAUCUCUUACUCUACCUGCAUGUACACGAGCCACCAGAAGCACCACGCUCCUUACAGUUAGUAGGACUAGGAGGAACGUGGGUGCAACUAAGUUGGCAAGCUCGUUCGCCACCCGGCACACGCUUCACUGCAUUUGUGGCAUCACUUGAUCCCAGCACACUCAUCCCUGACCAGUACAAUCUUACUGUUCAACGUGAUGAUCAUAGCGAAAUUAUGGAUACGGGUCGGGAUAAACUACUUGCGAGGCUUGAGGCACUACGUGCGGCACAUGGAUACUCUCUACGAUUAGCAGCUCACAACCACGUCGGCACCUCACCACUCUCAGAUCCAUUGCGAUUUACCACUCUAGAAGAAGCACCAGGAGGCGCACCUCAAAACGUUCGCGUGAGGCCAGUUGAGUCUGGAGAACUACAUUUAUCAUGGAGUGUUCCAGAACGCGACAGCUGGAACGGCGAGCUUCUAGGUUACGUUGUGUCAUGGCGCGAAUCUGAAGGCAGCGGGGCAGGGCGGGUGAUAGUGCGGGGGAGGGGGCGGGGAAGCGCGGGUCUAGUUCCGCCUAGUGCUGUACGCUGUGAAGCAGUAUCAGCAAGAGCAGUACGAGUUCGCUGGUCGCCGCCAGCCUCCGCUCUUCUACACUACGAUAUAAUUUACGCACCAAUAUUAUUUUCACAAACAUGGAGCGGAGCGUCCCGCACAGCAGCAGCACAAGCCGAUGGCAGUGGUGGUGAGGCGGUGGUGUCAGGUCUUCGAGCUGCUGUUAACUACUCACUCAGCGUACGAGCUCGGACCAACGGUGGCAGUAGCCCAUUGUCAAAUCCUGUUUAUUGUCAAACCAAAGAGGAUGUUCCUGGAGCACCUGAAGCAGUCCGGGCAGUGGCAGCAUCAGCUCAAGCAGUGCGAGUGACAUGGGCAGCGCCACCUCCUGAAGUACGAGGGGGACGCAUCACUCACUACACGCUCUACACGAGGGAAUUGGGCAAAGUGGGCGGGGAAUGGGCUCAACGCGUGGAAACGGAGGAAGAUGUUAGUGAGGUCCGACGGGAAGUCCGUGGUCUUCGCGAUGGUGCAGUGUAUGAGUUCUGGGUGCGCGCUUCAACCUCGGCUGGCCCUGGGGCUCCUUCGCGUGCCGUUACUGCAGCUCCUGCUCAUUCUGUAUCGGCGCGCAUAUCAUCAGUGAGCACAGAAAUAGUAGCGGCCGUGGGCACGCGCGUUCGACUAGCGUGUGCCGCAUUGGGGGCCCCACCACUCCGACGCCGUUGGGUUCCACUACCACCGACACAUACUAUAACCGAUACCGGCGAUUUGAUUAUUAACAAGCUAGAGGAAAGGUGGUCAGGCAACUAUACUUGCUCAGUCCGCAACGCAGCAGGUACAGACACUAUACGACACGGCGUUAUAGCAGCGGCGACUCCAAGUACGCCUGUACCGCGCCUUUUACGGGCUGACACGCACCGACUGGUAGUCGGAUGGGAAGCAGUACGUGAUGGUGGCGCCCCCCUCCUUCACUAUAGUGUUCAGUGGCGAUCAGGAUGGGGGCAGAAAGAAAUGGGACAGCAAAUAGUGGGCGGCGAGCAAGCCGUAGGAGUAGACGAAACGCGUUGUGAAGUUGGCGUGUUAGAAUGCGGUGCGCGUUAUACAAUCACAAUGCGGGCCCACAACGCAGCUGGGGCCUCCCCUUACUCCGCUCCUCUACAAGUCCGGACCAGUGGAGACAAGGCUCUGGCGCCACCUGGCAGGCAGAGCAUCUGGGCGAACAGCAGCGCGCUACGCGUUUCUUUGCUGGCGUGGGGCGGGCGUUGCGCAGUAGCAACCUGGCGCGCUGCGUAUCGACCGGCGAAACAGCCAAGAACUACCUGGACUGCUAUACACGUAGAUGGGGAGACUCUCGAGGUGGUGGGCUUGGAGCCAGCUACGUGGUACGAAAUUCGCGUCUUGGCACAGGCUCCAGCCGGCGAAACGCCUGCACUUUAUCGAGCUGCUACAAGGUCACUUGCGGGAGAUCAGAUAGGAGAACCAAUAGACUUGCCAGUGGAAGCACGUCUAAGCGACGUGGAAGACGAAGUAGAAGUUCGGAGUAGUGGAUGGGGGCGGACGGGGUUGCUUAGCGCACUCGGGGGCGGUGCGUUGGCCUUGCUUCUCGCAGCGGCAAUACUCUUGGCGUCGUUACGGCGAACGAGUGGUCCAACACCGCCCCCGACAUUGCACAAUGGAAAGUCCAUAGAUCCACCAUUAGAUGACUGUGACGAGAUAAGCCCAUACGCAACGUUUAGUAUGUCGGGAAGUGACUCGGCGCGCGGGGCGAGCGCAGCGCGUGCGUGUUCUUUGCACGUUCGUUCUCUUCCACGCUCGCCACUCGCGCUAGCAGCGCCACCAAUGCGUCACCAUUUACUUGCUCAACCUAAUGAGUACGGGACAUGCGGUAGCGUACGUGACACAGACAGUGAGUCCAGCGGUUCGCCAUGCGCCGCGUGCGCCGCUGAACUCUACCGUUUGCCCGCUGCGCACCUUUCAGAUACACUACCAGCGGGUGCAACCACGGCUGCCGAAUCCAGCACAGAGGAUGGCUCAUAUGGCUCCCGUCACUUGCGUCCUCGAGAUAUACGUGACACAAAUUCCCGUGACAUCAGAGAUACGCGUGACAUGAGGGACGGGCGUGACACGCAACAGAGACGUGCACGUAGAAUAGCGCGUCCACAGCAACCGACCAUUAGGUAUGCGGGAGCCGUCGCAAAUUGUGCACCGGAGAGGAACUGUACAUAA